CUCGUCCCAACCCACCUGCGUAAUGGUAUUUAUUGUAGCCCCGUCAUCCCAAAACAUUGCCUAGAUUGUGCACAGCGUAGUAUGGCAUCGUUUCACCUCUCAUUCGUUCUUUUCCUACCACUCCUCGCGACUCUGCUACCUUCAGCCGCUGCGAGGAAUAUAACAGUUGAUGAUACAUACGGCGAUGAAGUUACAGGAGCGAAACCAGUAUACUCUCCUGCCGACGUAUGGAACCCCGGACCAGGCUGCUCAACUUGUGCAAUCAAGCCCGAUGCUACACAAGCCUACAAUGGAACAUGGCAUGAUUCCACGCGCCCUCCAAAUGCCCCAGCAUACACCAUAGAGAUAGGCUUUUCGGGCUAUGCCGUGUCUGCGUACUUCAUCUUGGCGAACAAUAUGCCUGCCCCCAUUGUGACGACGACGACGAUGUCGUUUUCAAUUGAUGGCAAUAAUGUGGGCUCUUUCGAUCAUGAACCUGGGGCGACUUCCGAUUUGCAAUAUAAUGUCUUGGGCUUCACCAAGGAUGGGUUAAGCGACUCUCCACACAGACUCCUCAUAACUUCAGAAGCAGCGGGAAAGCAAUCCCUUGUUAUUUUCGAUCGCAUAGUUUAUUCGACAAACAAUGCGAACGUUACUUCGGUCCCGGUCUCUACGUCUUCCGCAACUGCUACGACUAGUUCGACCACUUCGACAUCCUCUACUGUAUCCAAAAAUUCCUCUUCCACACUAACCCCACUGCCCGCUCCUAACACCUCGAAUGGUAACCCCUCAUCCUCAAGCGAAUCUCAGGCACCAGCAACAACGAGUCAUGCAACCCGAAAUGCGGCUAUUGGUGGAUCAAUAGGAGGAGCCAUUGCGAUACUUAUUGUAUCGGUUGUCUCUAUUUUGUGCGUUAGAAAGCGAAGGAGAAAGUCCGAGGGCAAUGAAGUGACGCCUUUCUUCAUUAGACCGCCUAAACAUAUCAAUGAAGCGGAGUCUUCGCGUCCUGCUUCAUUUUCUCAAUCCGAUGUUGCCUUACCCCCGGAGAUGAUAUUGCAGCGCGACGUAAUCCGGCAGGAGUUGCUCGAAAAAAAGGCACGCUACUUCUCGAACCCUUUCACUCAGCCCUCUGUCGUGCAUCCAGCGACGAGAGAACAAAAGUCUAGCGCCCUUGUACCAGAACGGCGUGAGGGGGGAGCGAGUCUCGAAGCUGAUCGCGCGUGGGCGGACCUGCAUCCGAUACCUAGUCAUCCAGGCCUCCAAGUACAUCCCCAAGUACAUUAUGGUCGACCAGUCGAGUCGGAAAUUGAAACUGUGAGAGUGUCUUCGCCGCCUCCGGAGUAUUAUAAAAGCGCAUGACGCGUAGCACUGGCGUGCUCCCUUCUUUCAUCUUUUUCAGUCAAUUUCCCUUCUUUCGACGCAUGCUUCUAGACUUCCUUGUCUUUCGCAUUUAUACCGAUCGCAUUCAUUUACUUACUGUAAUUAUGCUCAUUUAUUCGAAUUAUUCCGGGUUGUAUUUUCUUCGACAUUAAUAUUAUGCACGCCUUUUGUUAAGUACGAACCACAUUCGUUAACGGACUUAUUUCUCUUACCUCCUUUUCCGGACUUUCCGGAACCAACGAUUCUGUAAUCGCUCAUGAAUCUACUUGUGGUAAUUGGAUAUUUCCUCCAAGACCAUCAAGGCAGAGUUCCUCCGAGCUGCAAAAAUAGAUGUGGAUCUACAACUAGCACCAAAACAUACUAGCC